AUGAAGCUUAUAGUUCUUAUUGCAUUAUUGAAAUUAGUAUAAACUUUUUGGACACCUUAGUUUAAUUAAGGACAUCAAGUCAUAGUGAUUUUUAACACUGGACAUAUUUUAGAAACCUAAUCCACUGUCCCAAGAUAAGUAGUGAUUGACAUACAAUUAUCGUUUUUAAAUUUGCUCCUUAGGUUUUAUUCAACCAUCACUUUUUGA